AUAACAACAAAAAGUAAGUAUUUAUAUAGAAAAGUUGGAGAUGUCUGUCUCAGAUAAUGUGAGCAACGAUUAUUAAUGAUGUGGACUGUUUUAAGUUUGUUGUCUUUCUUUACGGCUUGCCAUGCAGCUUCAUGGCAAAUAACGCCAUUUAACACAUCGGCUGUCCUAGGAGAAAAUGGUACAUUGGCAUGCAUAGUGACUGUAGCUAACGGAGAAAAUGUACAGUGGAAGAAAGUGGUAGGCAGUUCAGUUACAGCUUUAACUCUAGAUACUACCAUUCUAGCGAGUGACAAGAGCAAGUAUGCUGUGACUGGAACGUAUAACUUAACGGUAGUUAAUGUACAGACUUCAGACGAAGGACUCUAUCAGUGUGUUAUCGGAGCUACUACAAAUCAAGCUUCCUUACAAGCCGUGGUUUUGCCAACUAACGUGUCCACCUACUGGGAGACAUCCCCAUCCAUUGGGAACAUCGUCAACAUCACUUGCCGGGCAACAUAUGGCAAACCUCCUCCAUAUCUGAGGAUUUACAAAGAUAACAUUGACAUAACACAUCUAGCAUAUUAUUACACAGAAAACACCAGAUCUAGUGGAUACGGAGAUGCUGUCGCCAGUGCCGCUUUGACAUUGACCUCACUUGAUGUCAACAAAGACAUACGUUGUGAAGUAGAAUAUGACGGUCUUUAUAAUGUCAUGAACUACACUAUGAACACAAAUCUCAAUGGUGGAUCAUCCAUAAAAGUACAUGGUCUGGCCUCUGUGAUAAUGUUUAUGAUGGUGGCAAUUAUUCAGGCUAUGUAAACUCAAAACAUUGAUGUGACAUCUGCGAUGGUUCCACGUACAAUUGAACACUAUCUGCGUGACGUUGAUUAUCACUGAACUUUGUGUGUGUAUAAUAUUACUAAGAAAUAGAAAUUUGUGAAAUUGAAUUAUUCAGUUACUCUCUGAUUCAAAUAACGAAGCUAUUGUAUUUGAUUCCACAACUCGAAGUCCUCUGAUACUACAUUUCAAUUGUCUUCCACACAGAAUUUUGAUACUUAAUAUGGUUGGUAAAGGAUGGAUUCUGUGCAAGGACAUGGGGAUAUUACUUCUACAGACAUCACAUAAUGCGUUCGCUGAUAAUCAAUAAGGAAUAAUACCCUCUCUUACUACGUUUCGUUGUCGCCCUUCCAUAGAAUGAGAUAUGUUUGAAUACUAUCUGAACUCAAAGGAAGGAUUGUAGAAAGUUGGGUUUGUGAUAAAACUUUCGGUACUUGGAAUUAAUGACUUGUUGUCGCGUUUAUAUAUAAUACAAUUGUAUAUUCCAAAUAAAGAUAACAAAACUG